UAAUUAGUUCUAUCAAAAGAAAUAUGUCUUAUAGUGAGCUAAAGUGACAACACAAGAAUAAGUUUAACAGUUAAAGUUUUCUCAAAUUUGUACAAACUAAAGUUCAAAUAAAAACAAAUAGUAUUACAACAGUGACUAAUAAAUAUAAAACAAAUAAACAGCAAAUAUAUAAAAACAGAAAUCCGUCGAUAAAUCAUUUCAUAAAAAAAUACGGUGAUACGAUAUCUACGAUGUUCAUCAUCUACUUAGGUUGCCUUCUCAUCCUCCUCUAUUACUUCCUCACCAAAGACUAUGGUUACUGGCAAUCCAAAAACAUCCCCUUCGAAAAACCAGUCUUCAUCUUUGGCAGUUUCCACAAAAUAGUCACCAGAAAACAGCACCUCUUCUACCGAAUCCGCGAAAUCUACGACACCUACAAAACCCCGCAUUUCGGAAUUUACAUCUUCCACAAACCGGCCCUCGUAAUCCGGGAUCCAAAACUGCUCAAAAAAGUCUUCGUCAAAGACUUCAACAAGUUCAUGAACCGCGAACUCGCCUCCAACGAGAAAGUCGACCCCUUGAUGUACCACAGCCUUUUCGGGUCAUCAGACCAAGUCUGGAAAAACCUCCGCACCAAGCUUUCCCCCGUUUUCUCGUCGGGAAAAAUGAAGUUGAUGCUACCCUUGAUGAAAGAAUGCGCUGCUGACUUGACUGCGUGCAUAGAAAAAUCCUGUGGGGGAAAAAUCGAAGUUAGAGACGUCAUGAAACGAUAUGCUGUGGAUAACAUUUCGUCGUGUGCUUUCGGCAUAAAUUCGUACUGUCUCAAAAACGAGAAGUCGGAAAUACUGGAGGUUUCCACAAAACUUGUGGAUUUUAAAUCGUUCGUUAGGAAUUUUUCGGUGUUUAGUUUCCUUUUCGCGCCGAAAUUCGUUGACAUUUUUAGGUUAACUUUCUUGGAUAAGGAUUCGGCUCGGUAUUUGAUUAAUGUGUUUAAAGAGACUAUCAGGGAGCGUGAGAAGAAACAGAUUUUGCGGAAUGAUCUCAUAGAUUUGCUCAAUAAUUUGAAGCAGAACGAAACUUUCAAGGAAGAAGAUAAAUUUGACGAUUUAAAAAUGGCCGCCCAAGCCAUACAAUUUUUCUCUGCCGGAAACGAUACGACGUCUAUAACUAUAUCGUACACCCUGUAUGAACUAGCCAUAAACAGAGACAUACAAGACCGACUACGACAAGAAAUUACAGAAAUUUUUGACAAGUACGGUGACUUCACUUAUGAAGCAAUCCAAGACAUGACUUAUCUUGACAUGGUUCUAAAUGAGACUUUAAGAAAAUAUCCUCUGACCAAUUAUACAGACAGGAGAUGCGAAGAAAAAUACACGUUUGAAGAAACUGGUUUGACUGUGGAUAAAAACAUCUGUAUAUUAAUUCCAAUUGCCGGACUACACUACGACCCGGAAUAUUUCCCUAACCCGGAAAAAUUUGACCCUGAGAGAUUCAGUAGUGAGAAUAAGCAUAAAAUAGUACCCUACACGUUUUUGCCUUUUGGUGAGGGACCAAGAAAUUGUAUUGGACAAAGAUUUGCCAUUUUGGUCAGCAAAGUUGCUUUGGCUUAUAGUCUGAAGAAUUUUGUUUUUGAUAGAGUGGAGACUACAAAAGUGCCGCUCGAGUUAGAUAAUGGUUCACCGUUUAUAUUGAAUAAGGGCGGGCUUUAUUUGAAGGUUACAAAAGUUUGAUUAAAAUUAAGUUGUAACUGCUGCAAGGAUUGAUGAAGGUCUUUGUGUUGAAAAAAGUAACAGAGUUUGUCAGGUAUAAUAAUACAUUUUUUGUUAGGGAACACCACUUAUGUAAUUGUGUUUUUUUAAUAGGUUUUCUUAUUUUCAUUUGUUAUUGUUCCUUGAAUAAGUUUUUUUAGAAAUAUUUAUCUGCUUUUUCACGUU